UAUGCCGGAGCCCAUUUACUUGCAGCUUCCCCUGCUCUGUUGCCGUCUCCCUCAUCCCACACACAAAAAGUUCUCUGAUCGAAUAUCAAACUUGAGCAAAACCCCAGGGUUUAGAAAUGGGCGAUUUUGCUGUAUUCUUCUAACCACUUAUUUUUCCACCAUUCUACUUGGCUCAAGAAUGGGUUCAACUUCAAUCACUACUUCAUCUCUCUACUCUCAUGCAGAAAUUCACAGCUCCAAUUUGCUUAACCGCAGGCUUGGCAAGUUGCUCAAACCACCGCCACCAUUCAUCAAUUCACACAAACCGCUCUGUCACCCAACACUCCCAUUUCAACGAACCAAGCUUCACGUAUCUUCAGGGCACUCUCACCUCCUCACACGGUUCUGUCAAUCCCCCAGUUUUAGCAUACCCACUUCAAAACUCUCACAUUCGGAUUCUUCUCUCUCACCCCAGAAGUUUUUUUCUACGUUUUUGUCAGAAAAGAUAAUUGUUUUUCUUAUUGGGUCAUUUAUUUUUAUGGGGUGCUGUAAAAAUCGAGCAGCUAUAGCAUUACCUGCUCAAACAAGUAGUUUUAGUGCAAAUAUGGAGGAUAAAAGAGAUACCCAGAAAAGGGAAAAUGAGGAAGAGAAGAUGUUUGAGGAGGUUUUGGAGAAGGACCCAAGAAAUGUUGAGGCUUUGAAGGUGGUUUUAUAUGGGAAAAUGAGGAGAGGGAAGACUAAAGAGGCUGUGAAGUAUGUGGAGAGGUUGAUUGAUGAGGAGCCGGACGAGGUCGAGUGGAGGCUUUUGAUGGCGCUUUGUUAUGAGACGAUGGGGCAAUUGAGUAAAGCUAAGAGAUUGUUCGAGAAAAUCUUGGAGGAGAGGCCUCUCUUGCUUAGAGCUCUACAUGGUUUGGCAUUGGUGAUGCACAAAAACGAUGAAGGCCCAGCUGUCUUGGAGAUGCUGAAUAAGGCUCUGGAUACUGCUCGGCGUGAAAAAAGAGUCACUGAGGAGAGGAAUAUAAAAAUUUUAAUUGCACAAAUGCAUGUUGUAAAGGGGGAAUUGGAUGAGGCCUUGAAGAAGUUUCAAGAUCUGGUUAAUGAGGAUCCUCGAGAUUUUCGGCCUUAUCUGUGUCAGGGAAUUAUCUACAGUCUGCUGGAGAAAAAGAAGGAAGCUGCUGAACAGUUUGAAACAUAUCAUGCUUUUGUACCUAAAGAGUUUCCUCAAAGGGGAUUUCUGGAUGAUGUUGUGUUGGCAGCAAAAACCCAGUCUCGGGAACGGCUUCAGGAGGAGUUUAAUACUGAAUUCUUGAACAAGUAAACCAUUCACACCUUUUUUUAUUUUUCUCUGGGUGAAGGAGAGAGGGGGUUGUCUUGCACAUUAUUUGUGUUGCUGGUGGCUUUUCUGUGUGUGCUUAGAAGGUUUGUUGUAGUUGGGGGAGAACUUCAGAAAGUGGAGGGAAAACAUGUGAUUCUAACGGCUCUGAGCAAAGCGGUUGGCAUGUGUAGUUAUGAGGACACAAUUUAAACUGUGAGUGAUACAUAAUACAUGGCUGGUAAUGGUUGCAUUGAAUUUGAUUUGAAA